AUGAUAAACAGUGUGCAUGCUGCAGUAGACCUCCUGGAAAUGACUUGAACGGCAUACAUUGGAAAACAUUCAAGCCUUCCAACUGCCCUUCCGGAUAUACGAUGUAUGACUAUACCCAUAUAGGGAUUUGUUUAAAGUAUGUUCCUGCCCCUAAAUCCUAUCCAGAAGCUGUUAUAAGUUGUUUGACAGACGGUGGAGAUCUCAUUAAACUUGACUCAAUUGAGAAAUACAACAUAUUUAGGAAUCAUUCUGCGCAGUAUACAGAUUCUUCUUCUAUCCAAAUUUGGGUCCAGGGAGUAAAGACCGGAAGUGAGUGGAGAUUCCAUGAUGGUUCAUUGAUGCCAGAAAUUCUGACCAUCAGUGAGACUAACGGAGCUGGGGAGAUUCACAUAAGAUCUCGCAGUGCAGACGACUUCACUUUUCGAGACGCGGGCCCUUUAAGUAAUUUUCAUUACAUGUGUGAAAUUUAUCGCAUCUUUUCAUGCUUGUGAUAAAGUAUGGUGUUACAUUAGUAUAUGACUUUAUCUGUUUUAAUCAAAGGAUUAAAGAAAUUUUUUUUAAAUCUCCAAAUAGACGUCCUUUAAAGUAAUUUCCCUUUAAAUGAAAAAAGACAUCCAUACCAUAUUAUUGAUAACAGAAAUAUGUCGAUGUUUUUACAGCAAUUCUGCUCAUACAACAAAUGAAAUGUUUUACAUUUUAACCCAAUGAUUAGGAAAAAAAGGAUUUGUCUUUCCAAAAGUCCAAUGUCACCAUACAAGAUCUAUGCAUAGAAAGAGGAGCACUGUAUCCAAUGGAACUAUGCAAUUAUAAUUCACUUAUAUGUAAACAUUGAUUAAGGGAAAGUGUUCUUGAAUA